AUGAGGCAUCUAUUGGAUAAAGCUGAUUCAGAAAUCAGAAUAUACAAGCUAGCUGCUAACAAUCUGGUAUCAAAGCUACCGAUCUACGGCAGGAACUCUGGAUUUGGCAUCGCAUCCUCAUUUCACACGCUUCCAGAGAUCCCAGGGAGCGAUGGAGCCCAACGUCAAGUCCGCGUUCGAGCAGAUCCUGAGCCGCCUCGACUCCAUCGACGAGCGAUCCAGGCGCAAGAGGAGCGCACCACCGCGCUCGAUGUCCGCGUCACUUCGCUGGAGAAGGUCUGCCACACGCAGGCCCACGCCGCCGUCCUCUUCGACGUCCGCGUGCAGGACUUCGAGCAGCGGAUCGCGGAGGCGGAGCUGCGGAUGGGGGAUCUCGAACUGAUCCACGUCUACGAACUCCGGGACGAGCGCGACGAGAGGGUCUCAACCCUGGAGUCUGCGGCGGCGGUGCUAGAAGAUUGGCGGCCGUUCGUGGACGGAACGCUCGACGACAUCCGUCUGGAGAUCAAGCGCCUCAAGGACAAGGUUUCCACCCACCAUUUCAUCAGCACUGCUGCUCGUUGGCUUCAGUCCAUUGAGCGUAACCUCCCUCAUGAUUGGCAAACCUUCUGUCGCAUGAUCCACCAACGAUUUAGCUGCGAUCAACAUGAACUUCUCAUCCGCCAGCUCUACCAUAUUAAGCAGCUCACUACUGUCCAAGACUACAUUGAGCGCUUUACCACAUUAGUUGAGCAGCUUUCAGCCUAUGCCAAUCCUGAUCCCCUCUACUAUACAACUCGGUUCAUCGACGGCUUGCGACAUGAUAUUCGUUCCAUUGUUAUGGUGCAACGUCCUGGCGACUUGGACUCUGCCUGCACUCUUGCUCUGUUACAGGAGGAGGCUCUGGACCCCGGUCCCCGGAGGGAGUUCAAGAAGUCCGACAAUUCUAUUUUCAACAAGUCGGCAAACAUCAAGGGAGCAUUGCCAAUGCCACCACCAAUUCCUCGUCCUCAUGUCACCAAUGAUGAGAAGAAGGCCCAACAUGCUGUGACCGGUGCCUCCACUGAUGAUAAGCUCUCAGCAGUGCGGACUUACAGGAAGGCACGUGGACUGUGCAUCAGGUGUGGUGAUAAAUGGCAGCCGGGCCAUAAGUGCAAUCUACAACUACAUGUGCUGCAAGAAUUCUUUGAUCUCUGUCAUGAGGAUUACCAGGAACCUGAUACUGCUUGUGAUCAGUCUCCGGAUGAUGAGGGUCAGCUAAACAUGCUAUUGUCUGCCGCAGCCACUUCUGGUCAGUUGUCUAGUCGCACUCUGCAGUUCCUGGGUGUUCUGGGUGGCAUUGAGGUAGGCAUAUUGGUUGACUCCGGCAGUAGCCAUUCGUUCCUCAGUUCAUCUAUUGCAGCUCAGCUUGCCAUUGUCACACAUACUUCCCGGCCAAUCUCAGUACGUCUAGCUGACGGGGGUACAAUGCAGUGUACUGAAGAAUUGUCUGCUGCAGAAUGGUCAGUACAAGGAUAUUCAUUCCACUCAAACUUCAAGAUACUUCCUCUCAGUUCCUUUGACAUGAUAGUGGGCAUGGAUUGGCUUGAAGCCUUUUCUCUGAUGAAAAUUCAUUGGUUGCAGCGCUGGAUUUCUCUACCUUAUGGCCGUUCCACUGCUGUACUGCACGGGUUUCUUCAGCGCCGCAUGCAUCCUCGUGGCUCUGGUUCGGUUGCUGAAGUUCUGGUCAAGUGGUCUGGCAUCUCUGAAGAACUAUCCACCUGGGAAGAUGUCGACCACCUGAAGCAGCUCUUUCCGUUUGCUCCGGCAUGGGGACAUGCCGGGUCCCAAGGGAAGGGGAGUGUCAUCAAGCCCCAUACUCCGGCCCAGCCCAAGGAAGUCAAGAACUGA